AUUUUUCUUUAAUUUGCUUUGGUCAGAGCAAUUUCGUUUUCAAUUUCUCUUCCCUUUUAUCUCCUUUUUGUUGAACGCAGAAAGGAAACAAAAAAAGAGCUUUAUUAUUACAUCAAUUUUUUUUCCUGCAUUUCGAUUCAUUGUUCUUAGCCUUCUCUCUUUUUCUUCUUCAACUGAAGGAAAAUUUCAGAAACAUUUUGUUUCUGAUGAAGGAAAGAGAGAGGAGGAGCAACGAUUCCUUUUUGUCAUUUUUAAUUUCAAUUUCUGCUUAGGAUUUGAAUUCUGUGAAAAAAGAAGAAAAGAUAUGAAUGUGAUGCGACGCCUCAAGAGCAUUGCUUCUGGUCGAUCUUCCGUUUCGGAUCCUGGUGGAGAUUUUAGCCUAAAGAAAGUAACGGUUGAGCAGGAAGUAGAUCACAGGGUCGAUGGUGAAACUCAAUUAGAAGAGCAAUGUACUAUAGCUCCUAAGCAGGAUGUGACUUCUACAUCUGAGGAAAGUACUGUAUGUACAUUGAAUGUUGAUACUAGACCAGAAAAAUCUAGAUAUGAGGAGCUUCCAAAGGAAAUGAAUGAAAUGAAAAUUAGAGACGAAAAGACUAAUGGACACGAGGAUGACAUAAAGGAUAUGGAGCCUGCUGUUGUUAGUGGUAAUGGAACAGAAACGGGUCAGAUAAUCGUGACUACUUUGAGUGGUCGAAAUGGACGGCAGAAAAAGACGCUGUCUUACAUGGCUGAACGUGUGGUGGGUACGGGUUCAUUUGGAGUUGUAUUUCAGGCUAAGUGCCUUGAAACAGGUGAAUCUGUCGCAAUAAAGAAGGUUUUACAGGAUAGGAGAUACAAGAACAGGGAACUACAGAUUGUGCGCAUGCUUGAUCAUCCUAAUGUUGUUCACUUGAGACACUGUUUCUAUUCUACUACUGAGAAGAAUGAGGUUUACCUUAACCUUGUUUUGGAGUAUAUGUCUGAAACUGUUUACCGAGUUUCAAGGCACUACAGCCGAGUGAACCAUCACAUGCCCAUCAUAUAUGUUCAACUGUACACGUACCAGCUAUGUCGGGCUCUGAAUUACAUGCACAACGUAACUGGCGUAUGUCACCGUGAUAUUAAACCUCAGAAUCUUUUGGUUAAUCCCCACACCCAUCAGUUAAAGAUUUGUGACUUUGGAAGUGCAAAGAUGUUGGUGCCUGGGGAGCCCAAUAUAUCCUACAUUUGUUCUCGGUAUUAUAGGGCGCCUGAAUUGAUCUUUGGGGCUACAGAAUACACAAAUGCAAUUGAUAUCUGGUCAGCUGGUUGCGUUUUCGCUGAGCUACUUUUGGGACAGCCUCUUUUCCCUGGAGAAAGUGGCGUCGAUCAGCUGGCGGAGAUCAUCAAGAUUUUGGGGACACCAACUAGAGAGGAAAUUAGGCGCAUGAAUCCAAACUAUAAAGAGUUCAAGUUUCCUCAAAUGAAAGCUCACCCAUGGCAUAAGAUAUUUAAUAGAAGAAUACCUCCUGAAGCAGUAGAUUUGGCAUCAAGACUGCUCCAGUAUUCUCCAACUCUACGUUGUACUGCUUUGGAGGCAUGUGCACACCCUUUCUUCAAUGCUCUGAGGGAACCAAAUGCUUGCUUGCCAAAUGGGCGACCGUUGCCACCUCUAUUCAAUUUUACACCCCAAGAGCUUUCUGGUGCAUCUACUGAACUGAGACAACGCCUCAUUCCUGAGUACAUGAGGAAAUGAAUUUUACGUGGAAGGAAGUUUCUUAGGCCUUCUGAAUGAGUGUUUGAGAGGUUACUUGUCACGUGAUCAGCAUUGUUCUACAACAUCAAGAUGUAGCUGCCAGCAUUGGUAAUAUUUGAUAUUCCAAGUCAAGAAUAGAGACAGGUUUUGAUUUUUCGAUGAAGGAAAUGCAGCAAGGCAAAUGAUCACAGUUGGGUUCCCAAAAUGAGAUUCUUUUAUUUAUAAAGUUGAUGAGUUAGUUUCGAAUGUCCCAGCAGUUUUAGAUGAGUUCUCAUCUAUUAUUUUUGUGUUGUAGAUAACGUCUAGUUUUCGGGGCAUUCGGAAGAUCAAUAGGUGCGCUCCCAAACAGGAUUAGUAGUUGAAAUAGGUUUAUUCUUGUGUAUAUCAUUUUGAUCUCUUCUACUUUCCCUAUAGGAAUGUGAAAUUCAUUAUCUUAACGUAUUUUCUGAUGUUGUUUCAGAACUAAUUAAAUAGUAGGCGAAUAGCUUCCUGGCCA